AUGGCGCGUCUGCAUCAUUCGUUCGAGGCUUUCCGCCACCAUCCACACGACGACUCGGGCGCUUCUCAGAGCUCAGGGCGGGACGCCGACAGGCCGAAUGCCGCUCCUUGUCCUACGCGUGCGCUGCAGAAGCGAUGCGUCAGAAGCCAUGGACAGGCCAUGACGCAAAGGUCUAGCCUGCUAAUGAGUCGAGGGAGGCGCGUUAGCGCGCGCCAUCGAACGAUGCGCCCGCUCUAUAAGAUCCUUGACUUCAAUCUGCUCAUCGCAGGAGCAUCGAGGCGUGGCAAGGGCAGAUCCAAUACGAUGGUCGUGGCAGCAAGACACCAUGAUCACCUGGUCAGCUCGCCACAGACUCCUCUCGACAUUCUCAAAUGGCGAGAGUCUUACUCGGCUCAUCACGUUCGCACGCCCAGUCGUUCGCGGUGUCGCACACAGACAUACGAACCUCCAUCCCCCGUCGACUCGUGCGAUCUCAACAUCUGUUUCUCGGCGGACCACAGACCUUGCACAGGUCGCUCGCUUUAUACCUCGCCGCCAUGUGAGAGAACUUCGUCUCGAGGCAGGACAUUAGACUGUACUCCCAUCGCCAGCUGUAGCAGUACGGCAUCGCCUCAGAGCGAGCAUCUAGACGCGUCUUUCACCCGCGAAUCCAACGAGGUCGUACGACGCGCUGGUAGACGACUGGACACGCACGCGACAACGGACUUGUGCCUGCCACUCUCGGCUGUUCUGCUUCGCCAGCACGAUCUCAAGCUGGGCUCGGCUGCAAGUGACGCGGUCGAAGAAAUUUCGCAGCUCGUGCCAGAAGCCACCCUUACGCUGAUCGUUCCUGUGCUCAAGGGACUCUUCAUCAAUCGUCCACUUCGUACAAUUGCCUACGUCCUGACUUGGCUAGCCGGGCGCUGGAUGAGCACGAUAUAUACCCAGCCUUCCUCUGACGACGUAGCUACGCCUGGCACGACCAAGCCUAUGCUACAAGCUCGCGUCCGCGCCAUCGCAGCCCUGGUGGCCGCCCUUUCGCAAGGCUGGCAACUACAGCAACGCGCCAUUCUCAUCAGCCACGUUGCUUCGACCGUUCUGUACGCUUAUCAGGGCGGCAUGGAAGACUACACGCGCACGAUCAGCAAGACAUUGUCCGCACAGGAGCUCUACUUGCUGCUUGCCCAGACGCAGAGGCUUGGCGGCGAAACCAAGUCAACAGAGGGCGGCAUCACUUCACCCACUCGCUCACGUCCACGCAUGCGAGUUCAUACCGCAAUCGCCAAGUCGCUAGAAAAUCACUUGCUCGCCCGACUUGACGACAAAAAGGCUAUAGUCGAAGAGCUCAGACAGCCAGCCUAUCCCACGCCGCCCUGCGCCGACAACCCGCAUGCUCACUCACGCAAUCGAUCCGAGAACAGCGCCUUCGCGGCCUCCUUGCUACCUGCAAGCCAACUCAUGCAAUCCGUCAUCGGCCUCGGCCUAGAAUCAUCCGACGACGACAGAGACCUCAUAAGAGACGAUUCGAAGAAUUCACCCUCAUCGGAUCUCCACUUGCUGAUCGAAGAUCGCACAAGCGAUUGCGCACGCCGCAUUCGAUUUAGCGCAGCACACACAUCAAUUCCCACGCUACACAACACUACUCACGUCUGCAUACUACACCACCAUGUCACGGUCGCCAGAAACGCUACUCACGAUACCCUACUAGCUCUCCGUGAGCCUCACACGGUCAAGGCGUUUGCGCUUCUCCCACUUGCUCUGCUUUCUCGACGUCCCGAGACUCUCUAG